UUGUUGAGAUUAUGGGACGGAAGCGGUUCGCUGUUGAUUUAGGUGAAGGCUCAAUAGGCAGGGUUUCAGCAAAGUAAUGUUAAAUUUUAAGUCAGUUCUCUCGUGAUGAUUUUAUUUUCCAUUCGUUCCUAGCCUUUUGUGUCCGGAAUAACUUCAAGAUUUCAUGCUGACUGAAGGCCUUGGAGAAGAGGCAGCUUUCUUUUCAUUUCCAUUUUGCAAUCUUUUGUCAGGUCUUUCUGUGAUGAUGUCUACCAGCUGCUGUGGUACAAAGAAGCAAAAAAUGAACUCUGGAAUGGCAUGCAAUGGCUACCAUGAUACUAGAUCAGUUGUCACCAAAGAGAUGUGCAUAUAUUGCUUUGAUGUGCUUUAUGCAUCAUUGCAUAAUUUGGAGCCACCACCCAGCCCAAACUUCCCCAAUGAUUCAUACCCGCUGUUUGUGACGUGGCAGAUUGGUCGGGACCGGCGCCUGAGAGGCUGUAUUGGAACGUUUGACUCAUUAGAUCUCCACACUGGAUUGAAGGAUUACUCCAUUACCAGCGCCUUCAAGGACCGCCGUUUCCAGCCGAUCACGCGCGACGAGCUGCCGCGUCUGCACCUGAACGUCUCGCUGCUGACCAGCUUCGAGUCGGGCCGCGACUACCGCGACUGGGAGCUCGGCAAGCACGGCAUCCGCAUCGAGUUCACGUGCGCCGGCCGCAAGCGCACCUCCACCUACCUGCCUGAGGUGGCGCCCGACCAGGGCUGGGACCACACGCGCACCAUCGACUCGCUGCUCAACAAGGGGGGCUGGCGCGGCGCCAUCACCGAAGACGUGCGCCAGAGCGUCAAGCUCACCCGCUACCAGAGCUGCAAGCUCGGCAUGUCGUAUGACGAAUACAUCGACCUCACCUCCCAUCGACGUACAAACUAGUAGCUGCUGUAUGGGAGGGAGCCCGCGGCGGCGUGGGCGGCGCGCCCCCGUGCCAGCCCGGCGGCGACGGCGGGCGCCCGCCGAGACGUCCCUCGAGGGCGCCCCGACCGCCGGCCGCCCGCGGCGCGCCGGCGACGCGAGGCCUCUGCCAGCGCCGCGGUGCCGGCAUCCCGCGAGAUCUCCGGAGUGGGCGACGGCCGGGAGCAGGCCGCGCACGAGUGGCAGGCGAGGCCGCGUGCGAUCGGAGCGGGACAGGAGGGAGGCGAUGGCGGCGGCCAGCCGCGCCCAGCCUCGACCUCGACUGGGCUGGAGUCGUGUGCCCGGGCGAUGGAGGAGCCCGCUGGCUUUUACUGUGCGCGUGCCGCUCGGUGGUUUGUGCGUCGCUUAGCAAAGUACAACCUCAGUUGGCUGCUGGCUGCGUGGGGAGACGGCGAGGUGCGUUUGCGGUAGACUAGGGCUGGUGGUGUAAGCUUUAGCUGUCGAUGUGUGGUGUUUGCCCAUUUUAACCGGUAGGCUUAGUGUACGCUGUGGCUUACACUGCCAUUGCCGCAAACGCCGGCAUUUGGAAAUAGUGGCGUGCUGCUUGUCUUUUUGGCAGCUUUGAGUUGUGGACGAAGUGACGUCAUUCAGGCCUCUGUUUUCGUUUUCAACGGAAUAGGUUGAACCGCAAACGUGCCGUACUUAACCAAGAACCUUGGUUCAGCUACAUUGAUAUCAUUUUUAUGAAUCAAAUCAAGCGAGAAAGAUCUGUGCUUAUGUUUUUCUAGCUUUGUACUCCAGUUGCGAGUGAAAUUGUUCCAUUAUUUGAUAGCCUUUUCCUUCUUCCGAUCCACGAACUGCAGCGCUAGCUGCUCAUUUUAUUACCGACAAUGUUCUCUGUAUUACCGUAAAUGCACGUCAUCGGGAAUGUGCGGUGCGGAUUUGAGUGGAAACUGUGUUGUUCCUGAAGCGACUUACCUGUUUCUAGCUGGCGAUAGACUCCACCCGUCGCCUUCGAUCCCACUCGACACAGUGCUAAGACCGGAAGCUGAGUCCUCCGACCCCGUCCAGUCUGCGUCUCGCGCAGUCUCCAGCCCCGAGCGCGUCGCACAGUCCCCAGCCCCGAGCGCGUCGCGCAGUCCCCAGAGCCCCAUACCGGACCGUCAACUCCGCAGUGUCCGCCGGCGGGCGGCCGGAGCGGACCCCGCCGGGUCCGCCCGUCCGCACCGGCCGGGCCGCGCGCUCGCGCCGGUGUCGGUGUCGACGACGGCUCGUGGUGCCGGGCCCUGUCCACGUCGACCCGCCGCCGGCGCCCGCGCCCGCGCCAGCCAACGCCCCAGCCCAUCCAGCCUGAAUCUGUCUCUUUUGUUCUCGCCAGCGAGCGCAGACUGAGUACCGCGCGUGGUAUUGGAGCGGCUUGCACGUGGAGAGACUGGUGGUUGGUUGUUCGUCCCUCGCGGAGCGUCCAGCGCGUGUGUCCGUAAGUAGCCGCAUGAAGAUAAAGGUGUCUGUGUGUUUCACACACUGCCUUGGUGGAUCUAUUUACGUGUAUAGACCUCACAUGACUCGUGUGUGCGGGAAUAAAAUCUCGGAAAGAA